AGUGGCAUGUUCCAGAAUAUCUUAUUACGGACGGUUUGUUCAAAUCAGAAUCCUAACAGGGUCCCCACAUUGUUUUUUUAAUUUAUACCUCUUAAGUUUCUGUUUUGUUUAUAACAUUCUUUCUCCGUUCCAUUUUUUUCAUCCAUUGAUUUAUUGGAGAAAUCAGGUCAUUUGCCCCAAAUGUUCCACAUUAUGAAUUUGUUUGGUUGCUUCCACUUUAUGUUGUUUUACUUGUUUAUCCCUGUAAACUUCAGGUUUGAUUUCUCACCUUUGUCUUUAAAAAGAUGACUAAUUUGGGUUUAGAAUUCUAGAUUGAUGUUACUUUUUUCUCAGUGCACUGAAGAUAUCUUUCUGUUUUCUUCCAGCAUCCAUCAUUGCUGUUGAGAAGUCAGCCAUCAGUCUAUUUGUUUUUUCUUUUUAGAAGACCUGUGGUUUUUCCCUGGCUGCUGUUAAGAUUGGGAAAGAAAGUCAAACACCAAAGAAAAUACUAUGAUGUUUCUAUGUGUGAAUUUCUGUUUAUUUAUUUGUCUUGGGAUUUACUGUGCUUCCUGGAUCCCAAGGGUCUUCUUGAUGUCCUUUGUAUCCUUAAUCAUCGUAUUGGUGUUUCUUUACCUGCGCAGGACCCUGCCUGGCCAGGAGCGGAAAGCACAGGAGGAAUGGCUGCAGGUUUGCUUGCAGCCUGUUCAGAGGACUCAGUGACCUUCGAGGAAGUGGCAGUGGACUUCUCCCAGGAGGAGUGGGCAUUGCUGGACACCGAUCAGAAAAAUCUGUACAGAGAUGUGAUGCUGGAGAAUUUUAGGAACCUGGCCUCAGUGGGGUAUCUCUGCAAACACAGCCUGAUCAAAAAAGUGGAGCAGAAAGAACUGAGGACAAAGGAUAGAAUUCUCCUAGGCACCUGUGCAGACUGGGAAACUGUACUUAUGUCGAAAGGUGUAAUUCCUAUGCAGAAUGUUCCUGGGGAAAAAACAUCCAAUGGCAUAAAAAUGGCAUCAACUCAGCCUGGCAAGAAACCCUUGGAAUGUAAUCAUUAUGGAAAAUUCUUCAGAAAAGACUGUCACCUUACUUGUAAAAGAUACUGCAAGGGAGAGAAAUGCUAUAAAUGUAAAGAAUAUGAGAAAGUUUUCAGCCAUCCGUCAACUGCUGCGAGUCAUCCCUCAAUUCUUAGGAGUCAUGUGGGUACUCACACUGGAGAGAAAACUCUUGAGUUUAAUGAAAAAGCUAUCGAUCAAGAGUCAUUCCUUCAGAAACACUUACUAAUUCUCAUCAGAGAGAAGUCUUACGAGUGUAAGCAAAGUGGUGUGUCCUUCAGCCUGCACCCUUCCUUUGUGGUACAUGAGCAAAUGCCUCUGGGAGAGAAACUCUGUGAUUGCAGUGACUACCAAAGAACCUUCAGCCCAGGGUCUUCUCUUAAUAUCCACAGAGGUGUACCUACUGUGGAAGAAAGCUUGGAAUGUACUGAGCAUGGGGAAACUUUCGCUGGGCCCUUGACCCUUCAGAAAUUUGUGAGAACUCACAUUGGAGAGAAACCCUACAAAUGCAGUGACUGUGGAAAAGCCUUUAUUUUUCAGUCUUCCCUUAAGAAACACAUGAGGUCUCACACUGGAGAGAAACCUUACGAGUGUAAUCAUUGUGGCAAGUCCUUCAGCCAGAGCUCUCAUCUUAAUGUGCACAAAAGAACUCACACUGGAGAGAAACCCUAUGACUGUAAGGAAUGUGGGAAAGCUUUCACUGUUCCUUCUUCCCUUCAGAAACAUGUGAGAACCCACACUGGAGAGAAACCCUAUGAAUGUAGUGACUGUGGGAAAGCUUUCAUUGAUCAGUCUUCUCUUAAGAAACAUACACGAUCUCACACUGGAGAGAAACCUUAUGAAUGUCAUCAGUGUGGAAAAUCCUUCAGCACAGGCUCUUAUCUUAUUGUGCACAAGAGAACUCACACUGGAGAGAAAACCUAUGAGUGUAAAGAAUGUGGGAAAGCCUUCAGGAAUUCCUCUUGCCUAAGGGUACAUGUGAGAAUUCACACUGGAGAGAAGCCCUAUCAAUGUAUUCACUGUGGAAAAGCCUUCAGCACAAGCACUAACCUUAUAAUGCACAAGCGUGUACAUACUGGACAGAAAUCCCAGUUUUCCAUAAUACAGCAACCAUACAAGGUUGCACGGCUUCUGCCCAGGUGGCAGGCUGCCCAUGAGCUGGUCCAUCAGUAUACUGAGCUCACUCUGGUAUACUGCCACAUCUUUCAACAGUGGGCACAGAACCAGCCACCUCGUGGGGAUCAGCAGCUGGUGGCAGGGCCUCCAAAAGUGGCCAGCCUACAGCUGUGGCAGUCCGGUGGCUUUCCUUUUCCUUACGAAAUCCCAACAGUCCUGCAGCCUGUUUCAGGAGGACUAUUAGUCCAGCUGGCCCAGCCGCGUCCUUGCAUUCUUCCGCCUCCACGCGUCACCUGCCAGGCCCCGCCCCCUAGGCUCCGCCCCUUACGCUCUUUGGGGCGCGGACGUGGCAAGGAUGGGCGUCUGAGCAUGCGCGUCCGAGAGCCGGCGGCCAUUUUGCUUCGCGCUCCCGCACGGCCCUUCCCGGCUCCCGUUCCCAGAGGCGGUGGGCUGGGCCUUGGGGUCGGUGGUACGAGGGUUGCUGCGGGCCCGGGCCCGGCGGCCACCCAGGGCUGCCCCGGCCUCCGGCGGCCACCUCCGAGCCGAGGCCUGUCCUCUCGCCGGGCUGCGGCCGCCGGUCCCAGGUUUUCCGGCGCCCGCGGCUCCUGCUGGCUUACUGAGUCCGGAACUCCGGAGUGGGUGACUCGGAUUUGGUCGGUCUCCAGCAGCAGCCUUUCUCUUUUUCCAGAGGAGACAGGUUAUGUCUGCCGUUCCCGUCACUGGGACACGACCCUCAGCUUAGUUCUCCCUGCGCCGAUCGGUGGCUUUCGGCGAGACUCAGUUGUCUUUGAGGAUGUAGCUGUGGACUUUACCCAAGAGGAGUGGGCUUUGCUGGAUCAUUCUCAGAGGACCCUCUACAGAGAUGUGAUGCUGGAAAACUUCUGGAACCUGGCUUCACUCGGGUUUCCCCUACGCACACCUUGUCUGAUUUCCCAGUGGGAUCAAGUGGAAGACGUGGAGACGGUGAGGAGAGAACUUUUCCAGGGCGCCGUUAAGGAGGAACCCCAGGAAGGUUUUGAGACUCAUCUUAAAACCAGUGGCUCAGUUGCUCAGCAAGAUGUUUAUGGAGCAAAAAUAGCCAAUGAACAGAAAAUAGUAAGAUUGGAAAAGAGUGAUUCCUGGCCCUCCAUUUUACAUAAAAACUGGGAAUGCCAUGGUAUCGAUUAUCAGGAUAAAAACCAUGAGAGACAUUUGAGAAAUCAUAUGGUGGAGAGCAUAUAUGAAUGUAAUGGAGGAAAUCAAUGUUUACAAACCUGCAACCAAAAUGCAAAUCUGAAUGUGCUCAGUAGAACUCCUGGAGUAAAAUCCUAUGAAUGCCAUCAGUGUGGAAAGGCCUUCAUGGAUCAUUCGUCCCUUAAGAAUCACAUCAAGUCUCACCCUGCAAGCAAACCCUAUCUGUGUAAGGAAUGUGGAAAAGCCUUCCAUUUUCUCGCUUCCUUCAAGAAACAUGUGAAAAAUCCCACUGAAGAGAAACCUUAUGAAUGUGAGGAAUGUACGAAAGCCUUUAAUUGUUCCUCGUCCUUUAGGGCACAUGUGAAGAGUCAUACUACAAAGAUAAACUAUGAAUGUAAGGAAUGUGGAAAAUCCUUUAGUUGUUCCUCAUCACUCACAGAACACAGAAGAAUUCAUAGUGGAGAGAAGCCUUAUGAAUGUAAGGAGUGUGGGAAAGCCUUCAGUUGUUCUUCCUCUCUCUCUAAACACAGAAGAAUUCAUAGUGGAGACAAGCCUUAUGAAUGUAAGGAGUGUGGGAAAGCCUUCAGUUCUUCCUCCCACCUUAUCAUACAUAUAAGAAUCCACACUGGAGAGAAGCCUUACGAAUGUAAGGAGUGUGGGAAGGCUUUCAGUGAGUCCUCGAAACUCAAUGUGCACGUGAGAACACAUACUGGAGAGAAACCCUAUAAAUGUAAGGAGUGUGGGAAAGCCUACAAUUGUCCCUCCUCCUUGAGUAUUCAUAUGAGAAAGCACACUGGAGAGAAGCCCUAUGAAUGUCUGGAAUGUGGAAAAGCCUUCUAUCUUCCCACUUCCCUUAAUACACAUGUGAAAAAUCAAAGUAGAGAGAAACCCUAUGAAUGUAAGGAGUGUGGGAAAGCCUUUAGUUGUCCCUCAUCUUUUAGAGCACAUGUGAGAGAUCACAUUGGAAAGGUACAAUAUGAAUGUAAGGAAUGUGGGAAAGCUUUUAGUCGUUCUUCAUCCCUCACUGAACACUUAAGAACUCACAGUGGAGAGAAGCCUUAUGAAUGUAAGGAAUGUGGGAAGGCCUUUAUUAGUUCCUCCCAUCUUACAGUACACACAAGAACCCACACUGGAGAGAAACCUUAUGAAUGUAAAAAAUGUGGGAAAGGCUUUAUUUAUCCCUCAGCCCUCAGGAUCCAUAUGAGAACGCACACUGGGGAAAAACCCUAUGAAUGCAAGGAAUGUGGGAAAGCCUUCCGCCAUUCUUCAUAUCUGACUGUACAUGCAAGAAUGCAUACUGGAGAAAAGCCCUUUGAAUGUUUGGAAUGUGGAAAAGCUUUCAGUUGUCCCUCAUCCUUUCGAAGGCAUGUGAGAAGCCACACUGGAGAAAAACCAUAUGAAUGUAAGGAAUGUGGGAAAGCCUUUGUUUGUCCUGCCUACUUUCGAAGACAUGUGAAAACUCAUGCUAGAGAAAACAUACACAUAUAAUGUACAAUACUUUUCCUAAUCUUAGGCAACACAUAAGAUUUCACAUUGUGGGGACCCUUGUGAGUAUAAGAGAAAGGCCUUCAUUUGUCACUCAUCCAUUUAAAAACUUGAGAGCUCUCACCUGAGAGAAACACUGCAUGUUAACCAUGUGGGAAAGCCUUCAUGAACAUCACUUUAUUGUGCAUAAGAAAAUUUAUACCAGACAUGAAUUCUUAUCAUUGUGGUGUUUCCUUUACCAGUGCCUCAUCCUUAAAGUAGACUACUAGCCCAAUUUACAAUUUUAUUUUCUGAUAUGAAUACUUAAGAUGAUAAAUUUCCCUCUAAUACCUCUUCAGCUCUAACCAUAUGCGUUUUAGUAUGAGGUUUUAUUAUAGUUCAGACAUAAAUAUUGUCUUUUUUCCAUUACAAAGUCCUUAGUACCUAUAAAGGCUUUGAAGUAUAUUUUUUUAUCUGCAGGUAGGAGUGGUCUUUCUAAAUUUGUUCCUAAUUAACUCCAAUUGGUCUCUGAAGUUGAAAUCAUGUCACUUUAGUAUUGAGAAUUUUUAUUUUUUUGGUCUAGUAUGGCAGAUACUAGUCAUUGCCUACCCAGUAGUUAUGUUACCUCUUCUUUUUAACUAAGAGAACUUACAGUUACUGAGGUAAUCAGUCUAUAUGAUUAAAAAAUUUUCCUGUCCACUAACUACAACUCAUUGCCUAUCCAGUAUUUAUUAUGUACCCCUUCUUUUUAACUAAGAGAACUUCAAGUUACUGAGGGUAUCAGUCUUUACUGUUAAAAGAUUUUCCUGUCCACUAAAUAACUACAACAGAAAUUAAUCUGCAAAAAUUGUGUUGAAAGUGGAUGGUCUCAUUUGAUUAGAUCAUUUUGAAUUUUGUCUUUGAGACAUAAAGAUGAAAGCUAUAAGUAAAGAUGGUUGGGUUGGCUUAUGCUAUAUUAAUUUGGUAGGGCUGGGAACUACAUUUUCCAAAUCACUUCUUUGUCAAGUUCCUAGUGAGAGUUGUCUAGAAGAGCUUUCAUGAGAAGGCACAAAGCCAGAAUGAAAAAAGCCAUUAUUACUGUCAGUAUCAUGGGGCCAUCAGACAGGGAGACAGAUGCUUAGGGGCCUGGCACGCUUUAGUUUCCAGGUAAAUUUCCUGAUUAUUAGGUUCAGUGAUCAAUAAUUGGGUCAAAACAGAACAGUUAGGGCUUGGUGGCAGUUGUUGCUGAAGGUCUCUAAAAUCCUUUUUGGAUUUUCUGGCAUGCUCUGGCAUUAUCAUUUUGUUGAUAUUGUUCCACUGGUACAUCAAUUGACUAUAGAGUUGGUCCUAAUUUGGGCCAGGGUUAUCAUCUGCACAGUGCUACUCAUCUUGGUACCCUGCUGAUGGGGAAAGAUACUAUGCAAGCCCACUGUGAUCUCAAAAAUUCAAGAUCUGUGACAGAUUAUCAUAGGCAUGACUGACAUAAACAUCAGAGGAUUUUAUUGCACUUUAAUGGAGAAGGAUUUAUAUGUGACUCCUUCAGACAACCAGGAAGAUUUUACUGCCUUUUUACUUGAGAAGAUGAAAACUGUUUGGUUUGAGCUUCUUCCCUUAGCUGCUCUUUUUUCUUGUUUCUUUAUAUUUUCCUAUUAUCUCCAGAUGUAUACUUCCCUUUUAAUCAAUUUUUACCUUUUUAUUAAGGUAUACAUACAGUAUUAUGCAUGUAGUGCUAAUCUUAAGUGCACAGUUUGAUGAAAUUUCACAUGUACCCACCCUGGUAAAUGUACAACAUUUCCAGAACUUCAGAAAGUUUAUUGAUGCCCCUUUCCAUUAAUUACCCAACCAGAAUUUUGACUCUUGCUACAAUCAAUUAGAUUUGCUUGUUCUUGAUUUUCACGUACAUUUAAAAUACAAUAUGUACAGUUUUGUGUUUGGCUUCUUUUGCUCAUCAUGCCUGAUAGAUACACAGCAGUUUUGUUGUGUCUGUUACUAGGUUGUCUUUUGAUUGCUCUUUUGGUAGAUUUAUGCAUUCAUUUUUCUUGAUAUAUAUGUAGGAAUGAGAUUUCUGAAUCUUAUUGGGCUUUAUGUUUAGUUUUUUUCUAGGCAUUUCAUUUUGCACAAUGGUUGAUUCAAUGUAUAUUUCCCAAAGCAUGUAAGACAGCUCCAGUUCCAAUACCAGGGCAGCACUUUUUAAUUUUAGUCAUUCAGCAGAGUAUGGUGAUAUAUCAUUUUUGGCUUUAAUUUGCAUUUACCUGAUGUGUAAUGAUUUUGAAUACUUUUUCAUGCGCUUAUUACCAUAUGGAUAUCUUAUGAGAGCACCUUUUCAAGAAUAUGUUUUAUUGAUUUGAAGGGCUUCCCUCUGGUGGCUUAUUUAUUAUAUGUAUGUGUAUAUCUCUAUAGAUACGCACAUAUGUAAACCAUGUAUUAUAUAUUAUAUUAUAUAUAAUAUGUAUAUUAUAUAUACAUACAUUGCAAGUAACUUCUCCCAGUCUGUGGCUUGUUUUAACUCCUUUCAUUUUUGUAAAUUAUGUAGGGAAUUUAUUGGCUUGCUUAUUGAGAAGUCCUUGGGUAUACCCUAACUUCAGGUAUGGUUGGAUCAUAGCCCUAAAAUGGUUUUAUCUGGAGUGUCUCCCCAUAUCUUGGCUGUGCAUCCUCCCGCAUUUGCUUUUCUCCCAAGCAGGCUUUCUUCAUGGCCCAGAAGAUCCAGGCUUCCCUCUCCUCAGGUUGAUGUCUUGAUUAUCUAUUUGAGUAGUUCCAAUAUAAUUACCUGCAUUUAAUCUUAUUGAUUCCGGUUGGCCCACUUGUCUACCAUAAUCCAAUCACUGUGUCCAGGGGAAUGGUUUAGGACUAGUUCCCAUGCUCAUUCAGAAAUGGGUUAGAUUCUGUAUCAGGUACAUCGUAGUCCUUGUAGUUGUGAUGCAUAUGGAUUAGGGUGGAGGCAGCAGUGGGCAGAUAUGGGCUGAACUUGCAGGUUGGAUCUAGAACUAGAGCUCAUAUUGUCACCUAGCCAGUUCUGCUUACUCUGCUCUUAGCAGUGGGAGUGGAUCUAGGAGGUCUGGGAACUCAGCUAGGACUAGAUAGAUAGUUCCUAGAAAUCCUCUCAUAAAAGUAGAUGGUAUCGAUUAAUGUGGUUAUAGAUGACUAAAGACUGCUUUUCAAUCUUGCAUAAAAAUCAGCUAGAGAUGAGUCCUGUUUAAGAAAUGAUUUCCCAGGCGAAGAUAAUGGAUGUAUUCUCUUAUGCUUUUUUUUUUUCCCUAGACUAUUGUUUAUCUCUUACAUGUAGGUCUGAUCCAUCUAGAGUAACUUUUUUUUUGUAGGGUGUGAGGUGGAACCAAGAUAAAUAUGUGUGUGUGUCUGUGUGUGUUUCUAGUUGAUCUGGACCAUGUAUCAAAUAGGUAAGUUUUCCCCACUGUCUCUGUCUCUGGUGUAUUUGUCUUUCCUUGCACCAGUAUCACACUGUGUUGCUUCACAGGAUAUGGGAAGUCUGGCACUGUGAGCGUUCCAGAUUUUUUAUUCUUCAAGAUUGUGUUGCCUGCUCUAUUCCCAUUGAUUUCUAUAUUGAUUUUAGAAUCUCCUUAUCAGUUUUCACUUGGGACUUUGCUUGCUAUUGCAUUGACUUUAUAAAACAAUUUUAAGAAAAUUGACAUCUUUACAAUAUUGAGUUUUCCUAUUGGUGAACAUAGCAUAACUGCCCAUUUACCAGGUAAUUUCUCUCAACAUUUUAUAGGUUUAAUUGUAGAAGUCAUGAAUGAAUGUUUAAUUUAUUUCUAGAUAUGUGGUGUUUUGCUUUGUAAAUAUUGAUUUAUUACCUUCAUUUUCCAAUUGUUUUGGCUAAUAAAAUUGCAUUUUUUUCUUGUACACUGACAGUAUAUCCAUUGACAUUAAUGAAUUCAAUUAUUUAUUCUAACUUUGUUUUAGAUUUUCUAUACAUACACAAUUCUGUCAAUACCAGUAAAAGAAAGUUUUACUUAUUUCUAAACUUCCAGUGGUAAUAGAAAUGAUGAACAUGGACCUCCUUGCCUUGUUCCUGAUCUUGGGAAACUGUUUGGUAUAUCAUUAAAUAUAAUAUGAGCUGUAAAUUUUUCAUUGUUAACUUUUUUAUAUUUAAGAAAGUUGUUCUACUCCCCAAUUCCCCAGAUUUUAAAAAUCAUGAAUGGAUAUUGAAUUUUAUCCACUGUUUUUUCUGCAUGUACCAAGGUCUUUUCAAAAAAUUGUCUAUUAAUGUACAUUACUACAUUCCUUGAUGUUCAAAUGAUAAAAAAUAUAUGUUUUCAUGGAAUAAGCCUCACUUGGACAUGAUGUUUUACACUGCUAGAUUCAAUAUGCUACUUGAAAGAAAAUGUUUUCUGUGUCUGUGUUAAAGAAAUAUUUGGACUAUACUUUCUUUUCUAAUAUUUGUCAAUUUUUUUGUAGCAGGUUUAUGUUGACUUCAUAAAAGGAUUUGGAAACUGUUC